AAUAUAUAUUUUGUUACGACGUUCCGAAGCUGUACGUUGAUUCAGUAGAAGUGAAAAUUUCGUCUGGACCAUCUUCUAUUCAAAAGGCCAUUACGUUUCUUAGACAAGUAAAUAAUUUAGUCCGGUAAAUAGUCAGAAAGUCGUCAUGCUCUGCCAGAAGAAAGAAAAUGGAAAAGAAAAAUGCUAUCCUUACUGGCAUGAGGAGGAGCAGUAAUCACUCAAGUUCCAAAAGUUCCAAGUAACUACGACCAAGAUUGAGCGGUUCUUCAGUUACGUGAAAACAACCCUGCAUAUCACAGACGGGACAGAAGCCGUCCAGAAAGUGACGCAUUUCAAUUUCAUUGCGUGACCAGAUCACGAUGUGAUGGCCCUCAGAUACUACAGUUUUUACAAUUUGUGUUGGAAGUGAGGCGAUUUCAAGAAGAGCUUGAUGUGGAGUCUAUGAUUAAUGGCUAUCAAUAUUCCCAGGCACCUCCGAUGGUCGCCCAUUGCAACGCGGGGCUUGGAAGAACCCAUUGCUUCUGUGUGGUGGACAUGAACAUCGCUAAAUUUGAAAUCGAACAAAAGGUUUCCAUAGCAUCAAUAGUUGGAUAUAUACGUACACGAAGGUACCACAGUUUGUUUAACGUUUGGCAAUAUAUAUUUUGUUACGACGUUCUGAAGCUGUACGUUGAUUAAGUAGAAGUGAAAAUUUCGUCUAGACCAUCUUCUAUUCAAAAGGCCAUUACGUUUCUUAGACAAGUAAAUAAUUUAGUCAGGUAAAUAGUCAGAUAGUCGUCAUGCUCUGCCAGAAGAAAGAAAACGGAAAAGAAAAAUGCUAUCCUUACUGGCAUGAGGAGGAGCAGCAAUCACUCAAGUUCCAAAAGUUCCAAGUAACUACGACCAAGGUUGAGCGGUUCUCCAGUUACGUGAAAACAACCCCGCAUAUCACAGAUGGGACAGAAGCCGUCCAGAAAGUGACGCAUUUCAAUUUCAUUGCGUGGCCAGAUCACAAUGUGCCAUCAGAUACUACCGAGUUUUUUCAAUUUUUGUUGGAAGUGAGGCGAUUUCAAGAAGAGCUUGAUGUGGAGUCUAUGAUUAAUGGCUAUCAAUAUUCCCAGGCACCUCCGAUGGUCGCCCAUUGCAACGCGGGGCUUGGAAGAACCCAUUGCUUCUGUGUGGUGGACAUAAGCAUCGCUAAAUUUGAAAUCGAACAAAAGGUUUCAAUAGCAUCAAUAGUUGGUUAUAUACGUACACGCAGGUACCACAGUUUGUUUAGCGUUUGGCAAUAUAUAUUUUGUUACGACGUUCUGAAGCUGUACGUUGAUUCAGUAGAAGUGAAAAUUUCGUCUGGACCAUCUGCUAUUCAAAAGGCCAUUACGUUUCUUAGACAAGUAAAUAAUUUAGUCAGGUAAAUAGUCAGAUAAGCUGUUGUUUAGAUUAAGAUUAGUUAAAUUGUCUAUAACUUAUUGUUAGUAUGCCAUGAUCUCUUGUUCAAAAUAUCAUGUGUUACGUAGUUACAAAGAUCUUCAAAAAGAUCCUAAUACGUGUCAUGAUAAACUUUGUCUGAAAGAUUUCAGACGCAGAGUAUACCAAGACAUGUUGGCGCCAGCUUAUGUUAGCAAUAAAAACUUUAUGACACGUAAAUCAAAAACAAAUUCCUCAUCCCCAAGUUUGUUUUCCUUAGGGAGACACAAACCCGAUGUUCCCCAAUCCAUUAGAUUAGCUGUCGCCAAUCAUCUACUAGUGCGAGGUACUUCCAGGCGUUGCAGCAGGUGCAGUACAAAAAAAGAGCCUGUUCGAACCACCCCACAUCCGACCCCCCAUUACCCUACAUUC